UCAAAUUUCAAGCAAGCUUAUCGUCAUUUCACGCCUUCAACAAAGACCUUUUUUUUUUUUCCUUUUUUUUCUUUUUGGUUUAUGUUUCCAAGCCUAGAAAACAAUGAAGACUAGUUGCAUGAGCGUGGUUCUUAUUCUCUUGACACCUCUAAUCCUUUCAUGGGAUGGUGAUUCUGCAUCCGAACCAGUCCUAGACAUAACGGGUAAGAACCUUCGAACGGGUAUCGAUUACCUUGUUCUUCCAUCUAUCAACAACAAUAGCAAUGGCGGCGGUGGUGUGGGACUUGCCCUUGCCAGUGCUAGAAACAGAACAUGCCCAUUUGAUGUUGUCGACAGUUACCGUGCCAUGCCACUGAAAUUUGCACCCUCUGAUUCCAAAGAUGGUGUUAUCAGAGUCUCCACCGAUUUGAACAUCAAGUUCUCCGCUGCAACAACUUGCGUUCAAUCCACAGUGUGGAAGCUGGACCAAUUUGAUGGAUCAAGAGGCUUAUAUUUCGUGACCACUGGUGGAGUUGAAGGCAAUCCGGGGCGCGAAACUGUGAGCAACUGGUUCGAAAUUCAGAAAUAUGGAAGUAACUACAAACUUUUGUUCUGUCCUAAAGUGUGCAAAUAUUGCAAAGUUAUGUGCAGGGACCUUGGGAUUUUUGUUGAUGGCGAUGGGAAUAGGCAUCUUGCACUCAGUGAUAUGCCAUUUGGAGUUAGAUUCCGAAAGGCCUGAGAACUGAGAAGGAUGAAGAUUCCUCCAAUUAUUAGUGGGGAGAUUAUUUAUGUUUACAAAGUUGUUUGAAUUUGAAUUGUUCGUCAAUAAAUAAUGCUUUGUUA